CAAGUCAUCAGUUCCAGUCCUACCUAGAGACGAGAGAACGUUGAAUGCUAUUCCAUGAGUUUGCUAGAUUGGCAAGAACUGGUUGUCAAGAGAUCAUCCUUACACACGCUUACAAACAGCCAUAAUUACCCGUCAGCACAGGCCAUUCUCUAGUGACCUUUAUUGAUUCCUUAACAGCAUGUCACCCAAAGUUAUUGCAGUCUUGUGUCUUCUGGUGGAUUUCGCUUCGAUCACGAGUGGUCGUAGUCUCAGUAACAAUGACGAUACUAUCGAUGAAACUCUAUUGACUGACGAUACUAUCGACGAAACUUUAUGGGAUGACGAUACCAUCGACGAAACUUUACUGGAUGACGAUACCAUCGACGAAACUCUAUUGACUGACGAUACCAUCGACGAAACUCUAUUAACUGACGAUACCAUCGACGAAACUUUAUGGGAUGACGAUACCAUCGACGAAACUUUAUGGGAUGACGAUACUAUCGACGAAGCUUUAUUGGCUGAUGACUCCAGAUCUCUUAUUAAAAAGGUUCCACAGACUUUCAUCUAUUCUGAUGCAAGUCCAUCAGGCUGCGGGGCCUGUGUUUCUGAGUGCGCAGGCAUGAAAUGGGAUGAGAUUGGAUUGAGUUUGAAAUGGUUAAAAGCUCCACUUGGAGAGAACUCAAGUCAAAAUUAUCUUCAUGAAGGAUAUGAUAUAACUUUGAACAAGGUCUUGACAGCUUCGAGAGCUGAUACACUAUGAGUAAAUACAACAGAGCGUUGAAUAUCUGGAGAGAUUGGUGUAAGAAAAAUAAGUUUUCAGAAGAUCUGGGACUCGUCAUUACCGAAAGGUCUGCCAAAGAACUAAUUGUACUAGUGAUUGCGAUCUCUGUAUUAAUAUUGGUUGAGAACUUGUUGUUUUGAUACCUCCAAAUUAAUCACUCUGAUUGGAAGUUCAAGUUAGAUUCGUAAUAAAAUGCCGUAGAGAGAGAGAAAAAUUUAACCGUUUGUUUACGAUAACGUAGUAUAUAGUCAUGAUAUUUGCUUAAUUAAAUGUGUUAUGGGUUCGUAUGAGUAUUUGAAUUAAUAUAAACAUCAUUUAUAAGUUUACGAGUUCGUUGUUGCUGAAUCAGCGAUAUAUAUAUAUAUAUAUAUAUUUAUAUAUAUAUAUAUAUAUAUAUAUAUAUAUAUAUAUUUAUAUAUAUCUGUCUAUCUGACGGUCAAUCGGAUCGGGGUCGCCCUAGCCACUAACCCGUCUCUGUGGUCUAGUGGUUAAUGCACCGGCGUUCAAAGCUGGGGGCCCGGGUUCGAUUCCCGGCAGAGACAUUUUUUCGGCAUCACCAAUUUUUCCAAAGGGCAGAUAGCUCUGGGGAACCUUGAGUUAAGCUACGCCUACCAUUGUUCUCUUCAUCCAUUCCUUUCACAAAAAUAUUUAAAAAUAAAAGAGUUGCCAAAGCUGUUGUACAUAUAUGAUUUCACACAUUUAUAUAUAUAUAUAUAUAUAUAUAUAUAUAUCCAGGAUUCGCACCCAAUUACUGUUUUAAAACACAUUAAACUACAGUCAAAUAAAAGACGAUGUAUAUUAUAAGGGUAUUUGAUGGUUUUUUUCUUUCUAAUUACUGUAUAUCUAUCUAUUAAACAACAUGGCUCUGGGAGCUACCUCGAUAGGUCUUUGACCUUUGUUGCUACCCAACAUUCUAUAUUUAUUUUUUUCUUUAAUUUUCGGGGUAUAUUUCUGAUGUUUUGUGACUGUCUUCUAUGAUGAUGUCUUUGACAUAUUUUAUAAAUAUAUUGUACGGAUAUGGAAAAUAAAACUUAUGACCUAAUGAACUUUUUGCUUAUUAUGCAUACAUCUGGCAGAAUGUAACAACAGUCUGAAACACUAGACUAAGUCGAUUGUGAUUUCAAAGUUACAGAGCCUAGAUAGUUUACUCACAUCGGGCAUUUUGAUGUACAUUAUUUGUUUUAUGAUACGAUGGAAUCGGUCUUUGAUGUUAACUCUCCACCUUUCCUUACUUGGUAAUGAGUACAUAAUAAUUACGAUACAUCAGAUUAGUUCAUUCAUGGACCUACUACUCUGACGGUCCAUGGUUCAUUGAUGGUCACAGAGAAAUAAAAAGUAGUAAACUAUCAACGAGUAUACGUUUCCCACUCACCUAAAUCGAUACAGAUCUAUUUCGGCAUCUCAUAACAGUUGCUUUACUUCAGAGGUACCACGAGCAUAUAAUUGCAACAAGAAGUCAAAAGAUAUUCAUUCGACCAAACCCAUUAUUUUGUGUUUAAUUUGAUACAUCUGAUUGACAAAAGCGUAUGAAUAUGAUUUAAAUAUAACUCUGAUUCCAGGGAUGGUAACUUCUGAACUUCCCUUGCCCGAUUUGGGAAGAUAUAUGUAUCAAUGACUUUUGAACCAUUUUUGACCGGCGGAAAAACUGGGGCUAUUUUAUUGUUUCAGGUGAUGAAUUUGAUCCCGUCAGGAAUUAUCUUCAUAAAUGGGGAAUUAGUUUCAAAAUGAGCUGGUUAAAAUACCCUUUCCUGGUCUGAUAUGGAAUGUCAGAUUAUUCUAUCCACUAAUAGUAAACAUUCGACCCUCUAUUUUCACCCUUAUUUUUUUAGUGAUUUUUGCCCUUUUAUCACAAAAGUCUAUGGGGGAACGUUUUACGUGCGUGGUAAAUAGAGGUAUUCUGUUACCUGAUGCAUCGCACUGUAACAUAUAUAUAUAUAUAUAUAUAUAUAUCAAAAUCCGACUUUGACUAUAUAUUAUCUUACAUCAGUGAUGGUUAUAGUAUGCUUUACUCUCCCUUUCUUCUUGAUUUAUUAUGUCUUGUUUUUUUGGUGAAUGAUUCAAAUAAAUAAUUAAGCAAGUUA